UGUGGCAGUGGGAGUGAUGCCGGGAAAUGUGGGAAACUCCUCUCACAUUCCCAGGACUGAUAAGGUCUCAAGCUCUGCUGGCCGGUCUCUUAGAGUGACCAUGAUCCCGCAACAGUGGCAGCUGAUUUUGGCUGUUGAAUGUAUCGUUUUCUGCAUCUGCAGCCAGUCUUUUCUUCAGAAGAGACACUGUGCUUUCCAAGUGUCUCCUCAGAACAACAAAUAUACAGCUGCUGGCAACGUGAGUGGUACGGUUCAGCUGUGUGAGAACACCCAGUGCUGUGUUGGCUAUUUCCUGAUCGUUGAUGGCCAGCCAAAAGUCGACCUUCUCGCUUGCGAUGUAGCUGAAAAGUCGUGCCCAGAUGAAAUCUGUAAGGCUCAAACCCGCUUCAACGGUCGUGUCCUAAAGUGUGUGUGUAACACAGACUUCUGCAACAGUAACAUCACUUUGACCACAGAGACGGAGAUGCCUCAACCCACCUCCUCUUUUUCCACAGAUGAAAUAGUGAAAACUGCUGCAAUCAUUCUGGUCGGCAUUGUGUUGGCCCUCUGCUGCAUGAUUGCUGCUGCCAAUUGGAGAGGCUUCUUCAAAGAGAAAAAGAAUCUACCCCCCUUUGAUGAUAACAGUUUCACAAGAUUGUGUUCCUGCCAAACAACACAAACCUCUGAGAUCAUCACUUCUGACAUUGAACUACAGCAGAUUGUGAGCUGUGGGCAUUUUGCGACUGUGUGGAAGGGGGAAUACCAUGGAUUUGUGGUAGCAGUGAAAGUUUUUCCUGUGGGCUGGAAAGAGAAAUGGACUGCAGAGAAGGAGGUUUAUGAGCUGCCACUAAUGAAGCAUGCUGGGAUUGUCCCCUUCCUGGGCGCUGGGAGGAAACUGGAUGGAGGCAGCUGGCUGAUGGUCCUGCAGUUUCCUGAACAUGGUUCUCUCCACUCAUUUCUGAGUAAACACACCAGUACCUGGAUGUUGUCACUGAAGCUGUGUCAGUCUUUGUCACAGGGACUUUCCUAUCUCCACUCGGACCUUCACAGACACGAUGUGCACAAGCCUCCUGUGGCCCACAGGGACUUGAGCAGCUUCAAUGUGCUUGUGAGAGCCGACAGGACCUGUGUGCUGUGUGAUUUUGGAAGCUCUACCAUCCUACGCUCUUGUUCAGGACAAAAGCAGCUGCAGAGCCACGCAACAAAAAUUGAGAGUCAUGCUCAGUUGGGCACACUGCGCUACAUGUCCCCUGAAGUCCUGGAAGGCUCCAUAAACCUCAGCAACACCUGGUGUCUCCUGCAGGGGGACAUCUAUGCUCUGGGACUCCUGCUAUGGGAGAUCUGGAUGUGUUGCACUGAUUUAUUUCAAGGCGAUACUGUUGCACAUCAUCUGUUGCCUUAUGAAUCCGAGCUGGGAGUCAAAGUAACACUAGAAAACCUCAUUCAGCAUGUGUGUUACAUGGACAAAAGACCCUCCAUACCUAGACACUGGGACCUAUUACCACAGGGUCCUGUGCUGCAGGAGCUCCUUGCAGAUUGUUGGGACUGUGACCCGGAUGCCCGACUGACUGCUCAAUGUGUUGCGGAGAGAUUGGACAGAUUGGCUUCCCUUCAAUCUCAUUUCUCUCAAUGAUAUUUGCUUUGUCUUCUUCAUCUUGACUUGUUAUAUUCUGUAUAUCAUGCUACUCUCUUUGAGUCACUCAUUUGAAGCUUUUCGUCGUAUAUUCAUCCGUUUGGCCGAUAGCUGUAACCCAUAAACUUGUACAUUUUUCUAUUACUUUCUUUCUUUCUAUUCAAUACUUAUAACAGUAAUUCAGCUUCAGUCAAGAGCAAUUUCAAAGGGUGUCCAUAAAAGACAUACUGGGAAUUGUUUUUGAAAACUCUGGGAA